AUGACGAGCUUCUCGACCAUGUCCUUGUAUGCUUUGACGGUCAAACACCCGUCGGCUACGCAGGAUGCUAUUUCCGGUGAUUUCCUGGGAAACGGCAAGCAGCAAAUCCUCACUGCAAAUGGCUCUCGACUCGCAAUCCUCGAGGUCUCACGGCGGCAGAAAGGUUUCCAAGAGCUGUAUUCACAAGACAUGUUUGGGAUUGUGCGCCGUAUAGCCAAGUUCAGAAUUGCUGGUGGUACCAAGGACCACAUUGUCAUCACCACCGACUCUGGAAGGCUAGUAACAUACGAGUAUCUGCCCGAUGAGCACGCCUUUAAGACAGUGCACUUCGAAACGUAUGGCAAGUCUGGAAUACGACGCGUCGUACCUGGCGAGUACCUGGCUGCCGACCCGAAAGGGCGCGCCAUUAUGCUUGCUUCGACGGAGAAGAACAAGCUGGUCUACAUCCUCACCCGAAGCGGUCAGACCGAUAUCGCCAUCUCGUCCCCACUAGAGGCACAUAAACCACAAACCCUCGUGUACUGCCUUAUCGGACUUGAUGUUGGGUAUGACAACCCAAUGUUCGCUAGUAUCGAGGUGGAUUAUUCAAGUUCAGAGACAGAUCCGAGUGGAGAGGCUUACGACGAGAUCAAAAAGGAGGUCGUGUACUAUGAGCUAGAUCUUGGGUUGAACCACAUUGUUCGGAAGUGGUCAGAACCAAUUGAUCGCACGGCCAACACUCUGUUCCGAGUGCCAGGAGGUGCCAAUGCUCCCAGUGGAGUCCUUGUCUGCGGUGAAGACAACAUUACAUAUCGUCGCAUAUUCAACCAAAAAGAGAACGUCCACCGCCUUGCGAUCCCGCGACGUGAGGGACCCACUGAAGAUCCUAAUCGAAAGCGCAUGAUCGUUGCUGGUACCCUCUAUUCUCUCAAGGGCGGCGAUUUCUUCUACCUUCUCCAGACGGAGGACGGUGAUGUCUUCAAGCUUACUGUUGAGGCUUCUAAUGGCAAGGUCGAGAAGAUCAAGAUCAAGUACUUCGACACUAUACCAGUGUGUACUAGUAUAUGCAUCCUUCGGGCAGGAUUCGUAUAUGCUGCUUGUGAAUCUGGGGACCGGAUACUGUACGAACUGGAAUCGCUCGGUGACGAAACCGAAGAUCCUCUCUUCUCAAGCGAUCAAUUCCCCGUUGACACGGAUGCAAAAUUUGCUCCUCCAUACUUUAAGCCGAGAGCCUUAACGAACUUGACUGCAGUGGAGCAGAUGCCCAGUCUCAACCCCAUCAUGGGCAUGGAGGUUGCCAAUCCCGCGUUGGAGGAUGCACCACAGAUCUACACAAUCAAUGGCACAGGUGGUCGGAGUUCUUUCCGGUCCACGAGGAAUGCGUUGGAAGUCCUUGAUCUCAUUGAAUCGCCGUUGCCUCAAAACGCCUCUGAUGUGUGGACAACCAAGUUGACCAGCGACGAUGAGACUGAUACACUCAUCGUCCUGUGCCUGCACAGCAGAACGCUUGUACUCAAGAUUGGCGAUGAUGUAGAGGAGGCAUCAAAUACUGGUUUCCUUCCGGACACCAACACGCUUGGUGUUCAGCAAUUUGGAGAAGACUGUAUCAUCCAGAUCCAUCCCAAGGGUAUCCGUCAUAUCCAGGGGAUUCAAUUCCCGGACAAUGAUGCUAACGCGACUCACCAAAGCCUCACUGAUUGGCAACCUCCCGCUCAUCGUACAAUUGUAGCAUGCGCAACAAAUAACCGGCAGGUUGCAAUUGCGCUCAGCUCUGGUCAAAUUCUAUACUUCGAAUGCGACUCAGACGGCUCGCUCGCUAUGGCCGAGGAAGAGAUCGCCCUAGACAGUACUAUCAACUGUCUUGCGAUGCCGGACGUGCCAGAGGGUAGCGUUCGUGCUUUUUUUCUCGCUGUCGGCUGCAGCGAUCAAACCGUCAGAAUCUUCAAUUUGAGCCCUGAUAUGGAGGGUAACAUUUUGAGGAGUAUUUCGGUACAAGCGCUAACAUCACCGCCCAGCGACCUGACGAUCAAUUUAAUGUCGGACAAGUCGCCACGCGGGUAUAGUCAAUUCCUACACAUCGGCCUGCGAAGUGGCGUCUACAUACGCUCCGUCCUUGACGAGAUGACUGGCGACAUUGGGGACACGCGAAGACGUUUUCUCGGCCCUGAGCCCAUCAAAUUUGCAAAGGUUACUGUGGCAGGCGAACCCGCCAUCCUUGCAAUGACCUCCAGGCCCUGGCUAGGCUACACUCAUCCAAGAACUGGCGUGCUUCAGCUGACACCCUUGAACUACAUUGCUUUCAAGUCCGCAUGGAACUUUGAUGGCUCUCAGUUCAAAGGUAUCAUCUGUGUGAGCGCCAAUGAACUGCGAAUCUUCACCUUCAACGACUUGACCGACAACACGACUUAUGAAAACAUCCCACUCAAGUACACGCCCAGGAAGAUGGUCGGAUAUCACGAACAGGGAAUCUUCUACAUCAUCGAAAGUGAAUGCAAUACUCUCAACGCAGACACACGACAGAACCUCAUUCAGAAAGCCAGUAAGCAGGAUGAGAAUGGUAAUGGCGAGGCCACGAAUGGCACGGAGGAAAGCGACGAGCUGCCAGCAGUCGACUUUGGCUAUCCACGAGCCCAGGGCAGAUGGGCAUCAUGCAUCCAGGCAGUCGAUCCGGUCAGUGAGAAGGCUGUUACGCACACGAUUGAACUCAAAACAAACCAAUCUCUUGUCAGUGCUGCUCUCGUCUUCUUUGAGAGCCGUGGCGAAGAUGCGUUUUUGGCUGUCGGUACUGCUAAGGAUCUCAGCUUCACACCUUACAAGUACUCUGGCGCCUCUAUUCAGAUCUAUAAGAUUUCUCCAAACGGACGUGAGUUCGAGUUCUUCCACGAAACCGAAGUCGGCGAGCCUCCUCUUGCACUACUUGCUUUUAAGGGCAAACUCAUUGCUGGUGUAGGACGCCAUUUAUGCCUGUACGACUGCGGCAUGAAGUCGGUACUGCGAAAGGCACAGGCUCCUAACUGCGUUGCGACACGCAUCACAGAUAUCAAGACACAAGGAAGUCGCUUAGUUGUCUCUGAUCAGGCACAGUCCGUCACAUACGUCGUACACAAGGACCAAGUUCAUCCUAACCGAUUAAUUCCUUUCGCUGAUGACACUGUCCCUCGCCAUACUUCUGCUUCCGACAUGUUGGACUACGAAACCACGGUAGGCGGCGACAAGUUUGGUAACAUCUGGCUGGUACGAUGUCCUCCGAAGGUCUCAGAGGCCUCAGACGAAUCACCAGAUGGGUCCGACCUGCUUGUGGACAAGAGCUUUCUCGGUGGCACGCCCAACCGCCUUGAUCUUGUUGCACAUUACUUCGCCAACGACAUUCCCGUUUCGAUACAGAAGACGGUCCUGCUGUCAGGUGGUGAGCGCAUCAUCUUCUGGGCCGGUCUGCAAGGCACUCUGGGCGCUCUCAUUCCGUUCAAUUCUCGGCGACAACACAAGAUGUUCCAACAACUGGAGUUGCAGCUUCGCCAAGACGACAAGCCGCUUUCAGGUCGUGACCACUUGGCCUACCGCAGCUACUUUGCUCCGGUAAAGUGUGUCAUUGAUGGUGAUCUGAUUGAGCGUUUCCUCGUCUUGUCACGGGACAAGAGGGAGAGCAUUGCUGGUCAGAUGACGGGUGCCGAGUGGACUCCGAGCAUGAUUGAUGAAGCGAUUUGGAACAUGCGCGGCCUCUAUGCCUUCUAG